AUGCCAUGGCUUGGCGAGGAACAACAUCACUUGCCAAGAUCUAUUACUCUCAUUGCAGCGGCCAUUAGUACCGGCAGUUGGCAUUAUACUGCUGCUCCCAUAACGUUCAACCUCGAUGGUUUCUGGCUAUCAUGCCUUGGCUUGGCCAAGAACAACAACAUUUGCCAAGAUCGGUUGCUCUCAUUGCAACAAUACGACAACACUGUAAACAUGGUCGGACGCAAUAUCGCCGCCCUCGGCGUCACUAUGAUUGUUAGUGCCAUGACGGCCACGGCACAGAAUAUGUCCUUCGGAGCCGACAACUUCUACGUUAGCAAUAUUGUCACGAUGCAACCAAUUUUCUUCCCCAACCAGUUCAACAUGACUAUCGCUGGAAACCUCUUCAUUCCUAACAACCUCAGUGGCAAUGCGUCGGCCAUCGUCGUCGGACCCCCUUUCGGUGCAGUGAAGGAGCAGAGCGCCAACCUUUAUGCAACAAAGUUGGCUGAGCAGGGUUUUGUCACUAUUUCUAUCGAUCCUGCAUACUGGGGCGCCAGUGACGGUGUGCCGCGACAAGCAGUGUUGCCAGACAUGUAUGCAGAAUCCUUCAGUGCAGCAGUGGACUAUCUGACUUUGCAAAACUUCGUCGAUCGCGAGCGGAUCGGUGCUCUUGGAAUUUGCGGCAGCGGUUCAUGGGUGAUCACUGCCGCAAAGAUGGAUACUCGCAUCAAGGCUGUCGCGACUGUAAGCAUGUAUGAUAUGGGCGCUGCUUAUCGCGACGGGAUGCGAAAUUCGAUCAGUUUCCAGCAACAACAGGCCACGAUUGCCAUGGGAGCUGCGCAACGACAAGUUGAAGUCGAUGGCGGCGCUACUGCUUACACUGGAGGCACCCCCCAGAGACUCACAGAAAACUCCACUGCAAUUGAUCGAGAAUUCUUCGACUUCUACCGCACUUCACGUGGUUAUCCUAAGGAGUUGGUCUGGGUCGAAGGCGCUGGCCAUGUUGACUUGUACGACCGAACAGAGCUCAUCCCAUUCGGAAAGUUCACCACCUUCUUCCGUAGUAGCCUCAGCGCUCCAGUUGCCAGCCAGUAA